AUGACGGAUUGGGAUCGCGAGAUCUCAGCAUUUAUCACCCCGCUUGGAUUAUUCGAAUGGAGUUGCAUGCCUUUUGGCUUAAAAAAUACACCGCAGAUUUAUCAACGCCUCGUAGACAACGCGUUGUAUGGAUAUCUGAAAAUCCCGCGAUCAAGCGACGCCGGGAAUACAACGGACGUGUUCCAGACAGGGAUCGCGGACGAUCCUGAUCGUGCCUCAGUGUUGGGACGAAGAUCAUACAUUGACAACAUCAUGAUCGCUGUGGAGGCGUGGGAUCAAAUGUGCCAAAGGGUAGGAUAUUUGGGGCACCGAGUGUCGAUCGAUGGUCUAGAGGCGAAUCCAAAAGAUCUGAAAUCCCUGACCGAUCUAUCAUUCCCCGAAUCACUUCGAUCUAUGCAGUCGUUCCUGGGUAGUCUCAACUACUACAGCCGAUUUAUUGAAGACUACGCUACUUACGUCUCGGUGCUAUACGAACUACGCGAGGUGGAGUUUGCCGAAUUGGAGAAACGAUCUGAUCUGAGGAAGGUUAUGGACCAGAACGACCCGAUCGCACGGGAUAAUGCCACACCAGAGCAUCCGUUGGCGGGGUCAUUAGAUGAGAGGCCAAGAUCGCUACGACUCCGAUUCUCCGUCACUUCGGGCAAGACAAGAACACCGGUAGUUAUCGUAUAUGCCAGUGGUUGGGCAAUAUCCGCUUUGUUGACUCAAGAACACGACAGAAUCUACCAUCAGGUUGCGUUCGACAGUCGCACCUUGAAGAUGAACGAGUUGAAUUAUAACGUGACCGAAAAGGAGGUGUUGGCAUUGAUGAGGAUACAUAAUCUCUACUAUAAUUUACUGGUGGGACGCGAGAUCCGGGAUCUAACGAGGCAUUCC